UAGCGGACCUGGACGUCUCUGUCUACUAUCCAUGAAGACACAGGCGGCUGUUUCCCAUCUGGUGGUACACUCCAGUCUCGAGUCUCGCAGCUUCGGCGAGAGGAUUCGCAGGCCGAGGACAUGGGCAACCAGAACUCGCGGUCGACGACGCCGCCAUGGAAUCCACAAUCACCGCCGCCGCCGCCGCAGCAGCAGCCUCCCCCCAACGUGACGGCGUCACAUGAGCGCUCCCAUCACCACGUCGUCCCCCACCUCCACCACUCGGCGCGCAGGAGAGAAUCCAUCCAGGCACUGAGCACCGCCAAAGCCCAAGCGGCGCCCCCGUCGGCCAGUCUCGCGCACGCAGAGAGCCAGCCCACGUCAACCCGCCCGCACUCGCGAGGCCGUUCGCAGACGGCCGCCUCGAGCACCAGCUCCAGCACCAGCACCGCUGCCGCCGUCGCCAGCCACCUGCGCGCUGCCCAGGACCACUUCAAGGCGCCCGAGCACGAAACCAUGGGCAACGAGCAGAGCAGCCAGAAGGCCAAAGAGAAGGGCCCUCCAACGAGCCGCCAAAUCACCCCGCCUCAGCAGCCCGCCGCGAGCCCGCCGCCCGAGAAGAAGGACGCGCAGCACCAGCACCAACAUCAGCACCAGCCCGCGCCCUCCCCUUCGCCGCAAACAUGCCCUGUCAAUGUGCCUGCAGGCCUCCGCGAAGAGUCGUCGUCGAUAGACGCCAUCGCCGCCGAUGCCGACCCAGAAGACUACAUUGUGCCCUCGUCGCACUUCAGUCGCCCGCCCCGCCUACCGCUGCCCAUCGAGGAGGAGCUGCACAACCCAGGCUCCCCCAUCAUAUCAGCCCAGGAUCUCGCGAGCCCAAUUGACUAUGGAGAGGUCGAAGGUGCCCUGCCGCGCCGCACGUCGAUGCUCAGCACCACCACCGCAGACGACGAAGACCUGGGGGAAGAGUUCAAAGUGCCCACCACAGGCCGGCCGACUGUGCCCACGCUGAUAGAGUGGGAGGGCCCCGGCGAGCGCGUCUAUGUAACAGGCACCUUUGCGGGCUGGAAUAAAAAGUACAAGUUGCAUCCAAACGGUCCCAGCAAGAAAAAAGAUGCCCUCUCCGCCUACGUCCUCAUCACCCCAGGGACCCACCAUCUCAUGUUCAUCGUGGACAACGACAUGCGCACGAGCGAUAAGCUGCCCACGGCAGUAGACUACACAAACAUCCUGGUCAACUACCUCGAAGUGUCCUACGAUGACGUUCCCAAACCAGCUUCGGACGCAACGGAAGGGAAGGAGAGCCUCGAUGCCGUGACGCCAGUGCAGGAACGCGACGCACCCACAGGCGUCUACCCGCCGCAAGUUCUGCCCCCAACUCCAGAACUGCAACCCCUCAAGGCGCCCCUGCCGGAACCCGCAAAACCCAAAAUCCCAGAGCCAACCAAGAAAUACCACCAAAAUAUCCCCCGAUACCUCUUAGAUCUCGAUGCCCCUGAGGAAUCCUCCCGCUUCGCGCGCUCAAACGCUACCACGAACAACCUGCCGACGCCGCCGUCACUACCGGGGUUCCUGGGCAAGAGUAUCCUGAACGGCACAACGCCGACCAAGGACGAUAGCAGUGUGCUAAUUAACCCCAAUCAUACGGUGCUGAAUCACCUGGCGACGAGUAGUAUCAAAGACAACAUCUUAGCCACGAGUGCAACUACGCGGUAUAAACAAAAAUUCCUCACGACGAUCAUGUACAAACCGAAAGAAGAGGAUCCAGAUCGAGUGUAUUGAAGCCUCGGCGCACGUACAUUUAGCAGCAAUUGCACUCUAACUCUUUUUUCUUUUCUUUCUAUUUGCUUUUGCAUCACGGGCGUGGGGCGAUCAGGGCAUGAGGGUUGUUAUGAGGUUCUUCUUGGUUAUACCCCAGCGCAGCAUUCUGGGGGCGGUAUGCUUGCACCCCUAAAAUAUUCCUUAUGUGAGAUAUGUGAUAUGUGUGUGUGUUUGAGAAGGGCAUUCCACUCGGAUUGGGAAACUGAUAGACUUGAGAUUCUGCAUCGCAACUCGUCAGGGAGAAUGUUGAUGGUGGGGUGGAAAGGUCUUGCAUGUAAUACGAGACUACUUCCUCCUUCUCUCCAAGUCUAUACUAUAUUAUUGUCCCUAAUGGUCUAGAUUAUUGUGUCUAAUAUACCCCGAAAAGCAAAUUCUUGUUUCUAGAGCAUGCAUAUGCAUUUCCAUCUUCC